AUGGUGAUUCUCAACAGGCAUCGGAUUCUGCCUUUUGUACAAAAACGGUUUAUUCAGGGUUAUUCAUGGAAGGACAGUUCUGUUUAUUAUGGAAAAUUCAUUCGUCCGUUGCCUGAUGGGGUUAAACCAACCCAUAUAAUUGUUGGUGCUGGUUCUGCUGGAUGUGUCUUGGCAAACCGAUUAACCGAAGAUCCCCAAAAUCGAGUUCUUUUAAUUGAGGCUGGCCCUAGAGAUUAUUGGUGGAAUUGGAAAAUUCAUAUGCCGGCAGCUUUAAUGUACAAUCUGAAGAAUAGUAACUAUAAUUGGGUUUAUUACACUACAUCGCAAGAAAAAAUGAACAAUCGCGCAAUUUAUUGGCCUCGUGGACGUGUUUGGGGUGGUUCAAGCUCGUUAAAUGCAAUGGUUUAUAUUCGUGGGCAUCCUUUGGAUUAUGACCGAUGGGAAAAAGAAGGAGCAAAAGGAUGGGCUUUCAAAAAUUGCCUUCCAUACUUCAAGAAAGCCCAACACCACGAGCUUUCAACAGGUAUUGAAGACCCAUUCAGAGGCAGUCAAGGACCUCUAUACGUAACACAAGGACGUUGUGAAAAUCCUCUUCAUCAAGCUUUUUUGGAGGUUGGAAAGCAACACUCUAUUGGGUCAACGGAAGAUAUGAACGGGUUUAAACAAGAAGGAAUUGGUCCAAUGGAUAUGACAAUAAAAGAUGGAAAGAGAUGGAGUGCCUCUUCUGCUUAUCUAAAUCCGAUUCUUGACAGGCCAAAUUUAUAUACAACACAAGGAAUUACUUGCACACAAAUUUUGUUUGAUAAACACAGAGCUAUUGGAAUUGAAUUUAUUAGAAAAAUCAAUUUUACAACAACAUCUUUAAUAGAUGCUGGAUCUAGAGAAAAAAUUUAUUGUACUGAUGCUGUUAUUUUAGCUGCUGGUGCUAUUAAUACUCCUCAAUUGCUUAUGUUGAGUGGUGUUGGCGAUGGUGACCAUCUUUAUCCUCUCAAAAUUCCAAUUGUGCAAGAUAUGAAAGGUGUUGGUCGAAACCUCCAGGACCAUUUAGAAAUUUAUGUUCAACAGAAAUGUUUAAAACCAAUAACAUUAUAUAACAAAUCUACUUGGAAACAUCCACAUAGAAUGAUGCAAAUUGGUGCACAAUGGUUUUUAACAAAAACGGGUUUGGCAGCAAGUAGUCAUCUUGAAUCUGGUGGUUUUGCUAGGUCUAGUCCAGAGAUUCCACACCCAGACAUUCAAUUUCAUUUUUUGCCUUCCACUGUUCACGACGAUGGCCGUUCUUCUCCAAAAUGUCACGGCUAUCAAGUACAUGUUGGCCCUAUGCGUUCAAAAUCUACAGGAAGAGUUUAUUUAAAAAGUAGCGAUCCUCGUGAGGCUCCUUUGUGUGACCCUAAUUAUUUUGGUGAUGAAAAGGAUUGGGUGGAAUUUAGACAGUCUAUUCGUCUUUCAAGAGAAUUGUUUGCGCAAAGGGCAUUUGAUGAUUUUCGUGGGGAAGAGUUGGCGCCUGGAAAGGAUUGUCAAACUGAUGAAGAGAUUGACCAAUUUGUCGCGCAAUAUGCAGCUUCCGCUUACCACCCUUCUUGUACAUGUAAAAUGGGAUCAAGUAAUGAUAACUUGGCUGUAGUGGAUCCUGAAACAAUGAAUGUUUAUGGUUUUGAAAAUUUGAAGGUAGUAGAUGCAAGUAUAAUGCCAUCAAUUAUUAGUGGAAAUUUAAACGCCCCAGUAAUUAUGCUUGCAGAAAAGGCGGCUGAUAUUAUAAGUGGAAAGACUCCUUUACCCUCUGAAAAUCCGCCGAUUUGGUCACCUCCUAAAUAA